AUGUCCUUGAACGGGUCGCAAACUGACUUCUCCAAAUGGUCUACACGCGUGCCCAAUGCUCCUCCUGAUGAUAGGCCCGAGGCAGUUAGAGCCGAGAUGGAGUUUGGUAAGUUAACUUCAGAUAAAUGGAUGGUCGCUGCCAAGUGUGAUUCUAAGCAUCCUUUCAAGACUCCAAUAGCCGAUGAUCCUCCAUAUUAUGUUAUCAUCAUGACGUAUCUUAACUACUUUUUCAUGAUUUUAAUUGGCCAUAUUCGAGACUUCUUUGGCAUGAUUUUCAUGCCUCAGUAUUACAAGGCAAUGCUCCCAAAAGAUGGUUAUCCUCCGUGGUAUUCAUCUUUUGAGUCCUUUUAUCCUAGACGGUUAAAAGGCAGAAUGGAUGAUUCUUUUGCUAGACCUAUUCAUGGUGUUCCUGGUAGAUACACUUAUUGCUUCAAUAGAGUAUCUUUAGACUAUAAUAAGUCCUUCUUAUAUGAUGGUACUUCCACUCCUUGUCUCAACUUGUCAUCCUAUAACUACUUGGGAUUUGCGCAAUCAGUGGGACGUUGUACGGAUGACUCUGUUGAUGCUUUGAAAAUGCGAGGAACCGCUGCCGGUGGUCCUUGCGACGUUGCCGGUCAUUCUGAUUUGUUACGUGAUACUGAAAGGAUUCUUGCCGAAUUCCUUGGUAAGGAAGAUUCUCUUAUUUUUUCCAUGGGUUACGGUACAAACGCUCAUUUGUUCACGUCUCUACUCAACUCCAAGUGCUUGGUAAUCUCGGACUCCUUGAACCAUAGUUCUACUCGAUUUGGUAUUCGUCUUUCUGGUGCUGCCGUUAAAGUGUUCCCUCAUAACAAUAUGGUGGCCCUUGAACAGAUCAUUAGAGAGUCAAUUUCGCAAGGUCAGGCCAAAAGUCACCGACCUUGGAAGAAAAUAUUAAUCUGUGCUGAAGGAUUAUACUCUAUGGAAGGUGAGUAUUGUAACUUGCCUGCACUUGUUCACUUGAAAGAGAGAUAUAAACUAUAUCUAUUUGUUGAUGAAGCUCAUUCUAUUGGUGCCUUAGGAAAGCACGGUAAAGGUAUUGCCGAAUACUUCAACAUUUCUCCUUCUAAGAUCGAUAUUAUGAUGGGUACACUGACCAAAUCAUUUGGUGCUGCCGGUGGUUAUAUUGCAGCGGACCAAGUUAUCAUUGACAGGCUGAGAUUGGACAUUACUACGAACACUUAUGGUGAAACACCACCUCCGGUUGUUCUUCAGCAGAUUCAGACGUCUAUGAGGAUCAUUGACGGUCAAUUGAAUGGAAACGAAGGUAGAGAAAGGCUUGAAAGAAUUACGUUCAACUCCAGAUAUCUACGUCUCGGAUUGAAACGAUUAGGAUUCAUUAUCUACGGUAAUGAUGACUCUCCAGUGGUUCCAAUGCUUUUAUAUACACCUGCCAAGAUGCCUGCUGCAUCACGUAUGUUUUUAAAGUAUGGAGUAGCAGUAGUUAUUGUUGGUUAUCCUGCCACUGCAUUGAUUUCAUCUAGAAUCCGGCUCUGUGUGUCAUCUGCACUCACAAAGGAAGAUAUCGAUAAGAUUUUGGCCAUUUCAAACCUGGUUGGUGAUAAAAUGUGCUUGAAGUUUGGAUCAGGAAUGGCUGGAGGAGAGAAGCAUCCUGGAGAUUGGAAGAAAGGAAUCAGACCUCGCUGGUCACUCGAAGAGGUCUUAGCCAAGACUCCAGAAGACUGUAAGAAGGAUAUAUACUGA